AUGCUUUUUGGCCGGUUCGAGAUGGCGGAGAACCCUUACAAUGCCUCGGAUCUGAAUUCAGUCCUUCAUACGCUCUCCAGCUUAACUACACCUGGUAUUACAUCCCGAAGCGCUUCUUCAAGUCAGACUGGGACGCGGGACCCUCGCCAGGUUCGCCGGGAGCGAGUUCAUACACCGCGAGAGUCGACUCCCAGCACACCGAAGAGCCAAUCAAAGACACCUGCCAUCGACCCAUCUACUAUCACGACAUGGCCUGCAGCGCUUCGAUAUGUAAUGCGCACUGUCGGCCAGAAUGAAGAGACUCAGCUUCGUAUUCGCGGGCUGAUCCGCAGCCAGCACAACCAUGAGCGACAAUGGUGGAAAGGCCGCGAGGCCCUGCUGGAGAAACAGCAAGCGCGCGGAGACAAGAAGAAAGAGCUCGACGCUGUAUUACGCUCGAUCGGUGCACCCAUUGACUCGAAAACGACAACAGAUGAAAACGCCGAACGGGCCGAGCUUGAAGAAUACGAUAGAAAAGUAUACAAGGCUUCUGUGCAAAUGGCCGAGGCGCUCAUUGCAGAGCUGCGCGGGAUGAAGAUUCCCUUCUUUGGGCUCCAGAAAAGCCUGAUUCACGACUCAGACACGCCAGAGAAAGUGUCAUCAGACUUCAACGCAGAUGGUCCUGGAGAUGCACCCCUAUCGAAAUUGACCAAAUCUGAUCAUGCAAAUCUACAGCGACGCAUGCUUGGAUUAUUGGAGGAUCUUUGCAAGGAAUGA